AUGGCAUUAAGUAGUCAUUUAUAUGAUGCUAAUGAAAAUGCACGUAAACAUAAUAUAAUAUGUUAUCUUGGAACUGCUAACUCACAUAAAAAUAAAUUUAAAUCAAUAAAAUUCAAUGCAUCUGAUGUUUAUAGUGAAGUUAAUAGACAUCAUUUAAUAGCGAGUCAAGAGCCAGCAACAACAAUUGAAUUUGCUUUAAAACUGUUAUCAUAUUCAACUGAUGACAGAAAAGCUGAAGAAAUACGUAAAAGUGACUUGCGUAACACUUCAUCAUCUUGUUCUUCUUUUUUCGGUAUCAUGUAUCAAUAA